GCUAGCGCCGGAAGUUGCGGCAGAGGGGAACGAUCAUGGCGCUGAGCGCGGCAGGACACGACGACCACGCCGAGUGGGAGCCGCCCUCCGAGGCCGAGCUGAAGGUGAUCCAGGCCCGGCGCGAGCGGCAGGACAAGAUCAGCAAGCUGAUGAGCGAGUACCUGCUGAAGGGCUACCGCAUGCUGGGCGAGUGCUGCGAGGAGUGCGGGACCAUUUUGCUGCAAGAUAAGCAGAAGAAGUUUUACUGUGUCACCUGCCAAGAGCUUAAUUCUGAUGUGGACAAGGACAAUCCAGCCCUCAAUGCACAAGCAGCCCUUUCCCAGGUGCGGGAGCGUCAGUUGGCUACUAACCCCGAUGAAAUGGCUUCACGCCCAGAGCACUGCGAAGGAGCAGCCUUGGGUCUCCGGUCAAGCGCCCCUGACCCAGCCCUUCCAGCGCCCACUGCUGCGCCUAAUUCUCCGCUGACGCGCAACAUCCUGGUCGCAGCAGAAGAGGCCAUUCUACAGAAGAUCGGCUGGGCAAGCCAUCAACUCCAAGAAACAGCCUCCGUUGAAAGGAGCAUCCAUCUCUGUUCACUGAUCUGUUCCUGCACGGAUGCUCUCAAGGGCAUCAGGGAGCUGCCCCAGUGAGGAUGGCCCAGCUUGAAACGGCAGUGCCAGGCCUGGAAUGGAGUGUAGGCCACGCCUGGGGAGCCAGAGGAUCUCCCCACCAUUUAUCGUAGGGGCUGGGUAAUUUAAAUAAGACUGGGCUCUCCUUUCUGAUUAAAUGUGAGCUUUUUUGCCUCGUACAAGUUGUCCUGACGUUUGAGGAAUGUUUCAGAGGAUUUGCACGUAUAGCUCUAUCUAAUCCGGGGCAAGGAAAGGAUAGAUAAAGAGUUUAAACUGGUUUGGGGAAGGGAGAUGUUGGGGCUAGCAACAUUUUAGGCUCUGAAUUUGGGGCUCCUGCAGACACGUCAGCCUAGAUCCGUUCACCAUCCCGCUUGCCAUCCAAAGAUUUCAAGUUAUCAGGAGCUCCAUGCGGCAUUGCGUUUUUGGUUGUUGUUUUUUUUUGUGAAGCAUUAAACGUUUCAAAUUUCAAGGCACAAGA